CGCAUUGUCUGGCGUCACAUGGCAGAUUACAACAAAUUAUCCGGUGUUCAGCGAGCCAUGUGGUAGAAGAAAUUCAUUUUCUUUGGUGCAUUUAUUCAGGUUGAGUGUACAAUUUUAGCAGGAACGCUUAUUAUGGAGAAUCGCGGUGAAAUCGCAAAGAUCGUGGCUGCGUUGCUACUACCGCAAGUGGGCGGAUUCGUAAAUGGACGGAAUACACGGAAAGAAAUAACUGGAUGGUACAACCAGCUUAAGUUUCCGUCGUUUAAACCUCCUAACUGGAUCUUCGGGCCCGUUUGGACAACGCUGUACACCGGUAUGGGAUACGCUUCAUACCUAGUUUGGAAAACCGGCGGUGGCUUUAACGGAGAUGCCAAAUUUCCUCUGAUUCUGUACGGUACACAACUAGCCUUGAAUUGGGCUUGGACUCCUAUUUUUUUCGGAAUGCAUGAACUGAAAUGGAGUUUUGUGGAAAUACUAGCUCUCACUGGAUCUGUGGCGGCAACAGGUAUCGCUUUCUAUCAAACGAACAAAUUGGCUGGAUAUCUGUUCGUACCGUACUUUGCCUGGUGUGCGUUUGCUAGCGCACUAAAUUAUAGUAUAUAUAAGCUUAACACUACUCAAGGUUCCACAGCAAAGAUUGAGGAUGUAACCAACAGCCCUAAAGAAAAAUGA